UAUAUAUAUAUACAUAUAUGUAUAUAUAUAUGUGAUAAUAUAUAUGAUAAAAGUACAAAGCUGCCAAAAAAGUCAAAGAGUAAUAAAACGGGUGUUUCCAUUUUGCGUUUAAAAGGGGCGUACUACAUUCAACAGGAGGUAUUCUUUAUGCAAGGAGCAUCGAAUCUUUGCAGCAUUCCUACACGCAGGGAUAUUUGUCAACAAAUUCUUCAGUUGGUUUUUCUUACCUCAACAUGUGUGAGAAUUCCCUACCAAUGGAAGACGUUGUUAUACUCAACAGAGUGGCUGUAUUACCAGAUGACAGUUUCAACCAUGUUUUACAGUGCAGCAAUAACGAAUGGCUAAAAAUGGCUAAAGCUGGCCAAUACACCUUAAAGGAGAAGAUACAAGAAGAAUUUUUGGAAUGUAAAAUUUGUUUUGAACCUUAUGUGAAACCCAAAGCCCUUCCUUGCUUGCAUUCAUUUUGUGCAGAAUGCCUAAAGGAUUAUGUUCGAAAAAAUCCUGACAAAAACGCUAUGCGUUUUUGCUGUCCAAUUUGCCGGAAGGAGAUACCAAUGCCACCUAGAGGCAUUGAUGACUUCCAAGACAAUUUCUGGCUUCUUAGCCUCUCUAAUUCUUUGGAAGAAGGCGAAGAUGAAUGCCGCACUUCUUGCAAUGGUAAAAAUGCACGUAGUAAUGUGUGGACAACUCAAAAAUGGAAUCACCAAGCAAAAAAUGUAACUACAGCAUCAAACCCAUUGUAUCCACCCUCAUUCCAAGAACUAAAACUCCGUGGAUUUGAUUGGUAUUUUGGAAAAGUGAGUCGGAAUGCUUCUGAAGAAUGGCUUCUACAUCCUGGUCUUCAGAAAGGCUCUUUUCUUAUUCGCCAAGGAGAGGCUCUUCCAGACACAUACACAUUAUCAGUACGAGACUGUGAUGAACUUCGAGGUUAUUUGGUGAAGCAUUACAAGAUCCUCUCCAAGAAAAAUGGAGACAAUGAAAAAGAUCAUUACUACAUAACUGCAAAGAGAACAUUCAGCACACUUGAAGAACUUGUCAGUCAUUACUCAGUAGUGGCAGACGGGCUUUGUUGUAAACUAACUCAGAUCUGUGACAAACCUAGAUCGUUGCUUUGGGCAAUGGAUCGGGGCAAACCAGAUGAAUUCAUGACAACUAAAGACACAUUACAACUAGUCAAAAAGAUUGGAAGUGGGCAAUUUGCUGAAGUUUACUAUGCAAAAUGGAAUAACCAAGUCGAAGCCGCAGUGAAAAUGCAGAAAAAAGACUGUGUGACGACUGCUGCAUUUUUAGAUGAAGCUCAAAUUUUAAAAAGCAUACAACAUAACAACAUCGUCAAGCUUCUGGCAGUUUGUAGUGAUGAACCUGUCUAUUUAGUAACUGAGUAUAUGGUAAAUGGACGUCUUUCACAAUACCUUCGUGAAGGGAAAGGAAAGCAGCUAGGUUUGACUAGCUUACUUUGGAUAUCAGCACAGAUUGCUGAUGGGACAUCGUUAAUUUCUCUGUUUUCUUUUUCUCUUUUUGGCCUUUUCUCAGGCCUGAAAAUGGCGGUGAAGUGGAUGGCUCCUGAGGUGUUAUUAUACAACAAAUACAGCACAAAAGCCGAUAUUUGGUCCUUUGGCAUUGUGCUGAUGGAAAUAUUUUCAUAUGGCAAAGAACCUUAUGACAGUAUGGGAAGCAAAGAGGCCUUUGAGAAAGUUCAGUCUGGCUACAGGAUGCCAUGUCCACAGUAUUGCCCUGCUGAGAUUUACAAUGUUGCCCUCACUUGUUGGAACAUUAAUGCACCAAGGCGACCCUCGUUUGACUUUCUGAACAGCUUUCUUCAUGAUUGCCACUCUACUUCCUGACCUGACCCCAAUUUUCUCACUUCAUCUUCUUCUUCUUUGUCUACUACAACAACAACAACAACAACAACAACAAUUACUACUACUACUACUACCACUACCUAUGCUGUUAAUUCUUAAACUCUGGUGACCAAUGGACACAGGAACAGAUUAUCACACACAGAAGUACAAACACACCGCAGAGAUAACUACAAACACAAUCUUCUUUUCCUUAAUCUUGUAGAAUUGUCACAGCCAGCCAGUGAGGCCUAGAAUAGCUAUGAGGACUGAGCUAACAAACAGCCUAAGUAAACUUAACAGGAAAAAAAAAAAGAAAAAAAAACCCAUCAUGGACCAACUUUAGUAAGAGGGUCCUUGAAAUAAAUUAUACCAUUAUUUAAGUCAAAGAGUAUUGCUUAUGUUAAUCUUUACCUUGCAUACCAAAGGAGCUAAUUAACACAAAUAUAGAACUUGUUGAGCAAAACUAUUGACAUUGUACCUAUACAAUAACACACCACAGAGAGAUAGACUUUUUUUAAUUACUAAUCGUAUGUAUAUGUAAAUGUAAAAUUGUCGUGUAUAUGUUAGUAUAUGUCUGUGUUGUACGGAUGUUGGUGUAUGACUAUGUGUAGUGUAAUGAUAUAUACACACAUAUAUAUAUAUGUAGAUAGAGAGAGAGAAAUAUAUAUAUAUAUAUAUAUUAUUGUUCUGUAAUAACAUGUUUCUCAUUUAAGCCACAAAAAUAUGUCAUUUGCUCACAAUAUUGUGUCUGUUGCUUGCUUCCUUCCCAUCAAUCUUUUUUUUUUUUUUAUCAUCAUCUUUUGAACUAUUUAUUACAUUUCAGAAAGGAUUACACACACAAACACACACACACACACACACACACACAGAGGAGAGAAACUGUCAUAUAUUUUUCUAGUGAAUUAGUAAAACCUUCCCCUCGUCCCUGCAACUAGAAUGUCUGUAAUACUGUUAUUGACAUCCUACAAAGCAGUAUUUUUCUGAAAGGUUGCAGGAGCAUUUUGUGUAUGCACAUACGUACAUAUAUAUGAAGUCAAACCAUGGAGCCUGGUGUAGCCAUCUGGUUCACCAGUCCUCAGUCAAAUCGUCCAACCCAUGCUAGCAUGGAAAGCAGACGUUAAACGAUGAUGAUGAUAUAUAUAUGUAUGUAUGUAUGCAUGUAUAUAUAUGUAUAUAUAUGCAUACAUAUAUAUAUAUGUACGUAUAUAUGCAUAUAUAUAUAUUUAUAUAUUGUAGGAGUGGCUGUGUGGUAAGUAGCUUGCUUACCAACCACAUGGUUCCAGGUUCAGUCCCACUGUGUAGCACCUUGGGCAAGGGUCUUCUACUAUAGCCUCGGGCUGACCAAAGCUUUGUGCGUGGAUUUGGUUGGUGGAAACUGAAAGAAGCCUGUUGUGUGUGUGUAAAUAUAUAUAUAUAUAUUUGUACCCCCACCAUUGCUUGACAACCAAAGUUGGUGUGUUUACAUCCCCAUAACUUAGCGGUUUGGCAAAAGAGACCAAUAGA